AUGUAUCGUCAGUAUCUCGCUGACAUGGGGUCGGGAGGCAGUAAGAAACCUGCGAAGGGAGCCCCAGCUGGAGGUGGCCCUCCGGUAGGUGGGCGGGAGACCACCCCUGAUGGCAAACGAAAACUUACUGAUGAAGAAAAGGCAAAGAGGCAGAAAAUAUUGGAUGAUUACAAGCUUUUGGAAAAAAAAAUUGAAGAGACCAUGAAGCUGCUGACAGUUAGAGAGAAAACACGAAUGAAUAUGAAGAGGAUAACAGAUUCUGAACAAAUCAGUCCUAUUCUACAAGGGGAUAUAUCAGUGGAUGUACCUACCACUGCAAAAAUUGUAAGAAUCUUCACCAGCAGCACUUUUACAGACACCAUGCAUGAGAGGAAUGUGUGGAUGAGUGAGGCCUACCCUCGUGUGAAGAUGUUCUGUCAGGAGCUCGGGUAUGAGUUCCAGGUGGUGGACAUGAGAUGGGGAGUACGAGACGAGGCUAUGGAUGACCAUAGUACUACUGACCUCUGUCUGAAGGAACUUCAACUGUGUCAAAAACUCUCAACAGGUCCAAACUUUGUGACUCUGCUGUCACACAAGUAUGGGUACAGGUCUCUAACAAGAGAAAUUGAUGCAGAAGAAUUUGAGAAAAUAUUUUCUUUGAUUGAAUCAACUGAAGCCAAAGAAUUGUUACAGAAGUGGUACCAGAAAGAUAACAAUGCUGUUCCACCUAUGUACUUGUUAUCUCCCAUAAGUAAACACCUUCCAGACUUUCUUAGCAGUGACAAGGACGCCAGCAAGGAAGCAAAAACAAAAUGGUGGCAGGAGAGUGACAUCAUGCAGGCGGCCUUGGAGUCAUCAGCAGAGCAGGCUCUAGGGCCAGAGGCAGCUAAAAAGUUCAUUAUCUCAGUGACAGAAAAAGAAAUUCAGAUGGGCCUGUUAUCAUUGGACAAAGAGAAGGCAGGAAAGAGUUGUUUGUGGUUUAACAGAGUGAUAAAGAAUAUUGAAAAGGAAACGGCCAGUUACCAGCUUUCACGAUACAUGGAAUGUCUUGGCCCAGAGGAUAAAGUGCAGAAGGCCCAACGUUUACUGGCAGAUCUUAAAGAACGACAAAUCACGGACUGUCUACCAGAAAAAAAUAUCAUCUCCUACAAUGUGUCUUGGACGGAUAAAGACCAUCAUGAUAAUGAAUUUGAUGACACAGGUAUAAACCCAGAGGUUACAGAACACAAGAAAUACCUAAAGAAACUGACAGAUGACUUUGUGAACACUGUAACAAAUAUGAUUAAAGCCAGUAUACAGGAGCGUGAGGCAUCUUCCAACUCCGAUCCGCUCUUUACAGAGUCUCUACAGCACAUUCGCUUCUGUCAGCAAAAGUGUGCCAACUUCCAUGGAAGGGAGACAACUCUUGAGAAAAUCAAGACAUACCUGACGACUCCCAAUCAAAAACCACUGGUCAUUCAUGGAAUGUCAGGGUGUGGAAAGACCUCCAUCAUUGCCAUGGCUGCCAAACUGGUACCUAGUUGGAUGACCAACACCGAACCUGUGGUAGUUAUCAGAUUUUUAGGUACGACUCCUGACAGUUCUAACAUCAAUAGUCUUUUGAUGAGCAUUAUACAACAGAUUAACAUCAUCUACGGCUACCACAUUGAUGUACCAGAGAUCAUUGACAGUGGCAAGGACUUGACGGACCUGAUUAAAGAGCUUCAGUUCGCACUACGUCAUGCCAAACCCAGCAGACCUCUGGUUCUCAUGCUGGACUCACUGGAUCAGCUGGACCCAACAAACAAUGCCCGUAGUCUACAGUGGUUACCUACAGUCUUGAACACUAGUGUCAAGGUUGUGGUGUCCACGCUAGAGGACGACAUAUAUGAGUGCUUCCCUAAACUACAGCAAAAACUGAAAACCUCUAGUCAAUUUGUACCUGUCCCUGUCCUGGAGAAAAAAGAUGUCAACAAUAUCUUAGACAGUUGGCUUAAGUCUAACAAGCGUACACUGACCAGUGACCAACGUAAGGUACUGACCACAUCAUUUGACCAGUGUCCAAUUCCAUUGUUUCUAAAGCUUUCUUUUGAUGAGGCAUGCAAGUGGAACUCCUUUUCAUCCAUUGAUGACACUAGACUACAGACUACAGUGAGAGACAGCAUCAAUAUGUUGUACUCACGACUUGAGGUCAGGCAUGGCGAAAUCUUUGUUUCUCAUGCUCUUGGAUACUUGACAACAGCAACAAGUGGUUUAUCAGAAUCAGAAUUAGAAGACAUUCUGUCUUGUGAUGAUGUUGUUCUGAAUGAUGUGUACAUGUAUUGGACUCCACCGAUAAGGCGUCUGCCGCCUCUCCUCCUGGUCCGACUGAGAACUGAUCUCCAGGAAUAUAUAGUGGAGAGAGGAGCUGAUGGUGUGCGGGUCAUGUAUUGGUACCAUCGACAGUUUAUAGAGGCAGCAAGGUCACGUUACUGUGGUGACAAGAUUAUUAAACAUCUUCACACUGGGCUGGCCGAGUUCUUCAGUGGCACAUGGAGCAAAGGAAACAAAAAGUCCUACACAGACAGAUCAGGAAAACAAGGAAUAGAGGAUCGCCAUGUAGCAGCUCAGCCAAUGAAAUACGGAGAUGCAUACAAUAUUCGAAAACUGAACAACCUUCCAUUCCAUCGAAUCAUGGCUGGUCACUUGGAAGAAGUCAAGAUGGAGUGCCUGAUUAACUUCCACUUCCUCCUCGCCAAGUUGAUUGCCACCUCCGUAAGGAAUGUGGUGUAUGACUUCCAGGCAGCCAAGAAAGAGCUGCCACAGGACUAUGCUUUAGAGAUGCUUCACGACUGUAUGCAGCUGUCGCAGCAGGCCCUGAUCUAUGAUCCAUACCAGCUGACUCCCCAGAUCCUUAUACGCCUAGCUGGAGAACAGAAUCCAGAAUUGGUUCAAUUUUGCCUGCAAUGUAAGAAGUUCCCGUCACCUUACUUGAUGCCUGACAAGGACAUAUUGGUCAAACCAGGUGGUCAGAUGGUCUGCAUGCUGUCAGAACACACGUCUGCUGUAACUGGACUGGAUAUGACCAAGGAUGGCAAAAUCAUUGUUACAUGUGCUGAUGAUGAUGAACAGAGUGUUAAAACAUGGAAUGUAGAAGACGGCACUUUGAUCAAAUCCUUCAAUAAAUUAGGGGAAUGUCCUGAUCGCGUCACAUUUAUAGCAAAUGAUACCCUGAUGUUAGUGGAGUACUCUAAAAACCUGAAGGCUCUUCAGCUCACUGGAGAGGUAGCGUAUACUUUUAACUACUCCACAGGAGCUUACACAACUACAGGCAAGGACCGCAGUCUGCUGGCCAUAUUCAAGAGCAAGGUGGGUGCCUUGUUUGAUGCCUAUACUGGGAAAAAGUCAUCUGUGACCUUCCUGCAGAAAUCUAGACCAAUGAGAGAUAUUUCAUCAAAUAAUCCUAGUACCAUUGCUGGGAGUGAGAAGUAUAUUCUACUGGUGGAUGAAGACAUGUACAGAAUCUCCGUGGUCAAUGCAGAGAGUGGAGAGAUGUCAGAUUGGCUGGUCAUAUUUGAACCUCCUCCACCUGAUGAUGAUGAUGCUGAUGACAAAAAUGUGGAUGCUGUGGCCAUCACGCCAGACCAAGAAAGUUUUGUUGUUUCUAACUGUAUGGACAAUGACUUGCACUUCUACAACAUAGAGACUCUACAGAAGAUUCGGGUCAUAAAAGGAAAUGAAAAUGACUUUUGUGAUACUUACCGAUUUUCUCCGGAUGGCAAACAACUGUAUUUCAAACAUGAUAAUAGUGUGGUGGUUUAUGACCUUGAAAAGGAGAAAAGAAGUGAAAUCUUGUCUCAUCCUUCCACUGUCAAUGGCGUCAUCUGUCAGUCAUGGAAAACAUUGGCUACGAUAUCGGAAGACACAGCAGUUCGAAUCUGGGAUAUCACUAAACCAGAGAAACAGCAAACGGAGAGUUCUUCCCUGGGGUACAGAGUCAUGCAUUUCUGUCUAUUGCCCAAUCCACGUUAUGUUGCCCUGAUCAUCAGACUUGACAAGAAGGAAACCAACGCUGGAUCGUUAAUUGUGUAUGACCUUGCCACUAAGAAGAUUGUCCGCAAGGCAACUAUGCCUGACCUGCCAAGGACCAUGAAAAGCCUUGGUGAUAAGGAGGUACUGAUGCUGAAUAACAACAGGAAGUUAAAAACUGUCAACGUAGACACCAUGAAAGUCACAACUGUGUUCCAGGGUAAAGUGUGCAAAUACUGCAAUGCAUUGGAAGUGAUAAAAGAUGGAAAAGAGGUUCUGACCAUGACAAGAGGUCAGAAAGGUUUGAAGACUUAUGACAGAAAAUCAGGAAAAACAAAAGCCAUCCUGUACCCCCCAUCUGAUGUUAGGGAUUUGCCUGAGCGAUUUGACAACUCAACAUUGUCGGUGAGUAAAAGUAACCUGUGUGUCUGUCGAGUGGAGGACGGUCCAAUCGCUGUGUUUGAUCUACAGAAGAACGUCUGUGUCCAUGUCAUCAGAGAUAAGCUGUUGACAUCUGAAGACAAGAUGCUCUGGGCAGGAUUUAUUCCAUCAGAUGGUUCCAUCCUGGCCUUACAAACAGAGCAGGAUGUUCCUAAUCCAAAGAAGAAAACAGACACUGUAUCUGUUACCUGUAUUGCCAUAUAUGAUAUCAAGAAAGAGGAAUUUGCCUCCAGAUGGUUAAUGGACAAAGAAUAUUUCACAAAGUACCAUACACAGCAGAAUCGGAAAGGUCUAGACGUCAGUAUAGACAACUCCAUGUUACUGGAUGAUGAUAGAAUAGUUACCUCAAGUGAUGACUUUAUCAUUCGUGUCUGGAGUCUGAAAACAGGAGAGUUAUUAAAGAGACUGGAAGGACACAGAAUUGCACCCAAAUUGGUUUCAAAUGAAAAGAGUCCCUACUUCCUGUCUUUGGCGGAGUAUGAUGAAGAGAAUGCUAUUCGUGUUUGGGACAAGAAAACUCUUGAGUGUGUGACAAGCUUCAGACUCGAUCAUACUCUUGCUGAUACAGUAGUGUGUGGGGAUGGAUUGUGUUUUAUCAGCACCACAAGGUCUCCAACUGCUAACGUUGUACAGUGGACACUUGUUGGCACCAAGACUGCCUCAAACCUGGAAUCCAAACCUGCUAUAUUCAAAUCAGAAGAAUCUGACUUGACUUUGGUAUUGGAUGAGGAUGACGAAGAUGAAAAAGAAGACAUGCUUGAUCCAGAUGAUGACGAAGAUGAGAAAUCUGAUGACGAUGAUGAUGUUGAUGAGGACAAUGAUGGAGAUGAAGGGAAGGAACAAGAUGAUUGAUAAGGACAUAUUGCUCUUAAAAGCAAAUAUAUAUUAUUCUGCGAUUUCUCCUCUGUUAUUUCUCCUUUAUUAUUUUUCAAAUUUAAUUUGAUCGUGAUAUUGCAGACAAUUAACAGGUGUAUAAAAAAGUCUCUAUGUGUAACAAAGUAGAAGAAAGAGCACAACAGCUGAGGCCAAGUGUGGUGAUACUGUGACUGUUAUAUAUAAGAUGUUUUAUAUUGUAUGAUUACAAGGUACAAUAUAUGAUACUAUUUGUCCUAAAUGCCAGUACAGUGUAUCAUUAUAUGAUGUCUGCUGUAGUGAUACCUGUUUAUGAUCAAAUCAUCAUUUCCAGUAAAUUGAAAAGUAUUAAGUUUGAUAAGAAUUGCCUAAAUCGUCAUUGUGAUUUUCAGAAAAAAAACUAGUUAAGGGACAUCACUUAAAUGUGACAUGAUUUGACACUGGAUCUGUACAUAACAUAUAGAUAGGAUACUGUAGUAUACUGAUUGUGUAUUCAGUCUUAUAGAAAUCCUGUGAAAAAAUCCUUUAAAAAGUUAUUAACAUAUAAAGAGAUGUACAUUAUUGGACACUACUGUAAA